AAGAGUCGGUAAGAUCUCACAUACAUAUAAAACAUACUAGAUACAAACCAUAAUCCUAUUAUGGUUCCUUUUUUUUCUAGGCUAGAGUUUGUAUGUUUUACAACACUCUCUUGAACGAUUAUCACGAUAUGCACAUGUCUCAUUAAAAACUCCAUCCAAAAAUUCUGUGACAAAAAACGGUGCUCAAAGAAAAGUGCACACCACAUUCGCUAAUUGUAUUGUAAAUGUUGUCUCACUAAAUAUCUUGUGUGAGAAUCUUUCGAGUAAAAAGUAAAGUCACAGAGGGAAAAAGAGUGCAAACUUUAACCUUUUAUUCUUCAUGAACAGAUAUUGAUUUUAUAAUGUAUAUAUGAACUGCAAUAUUUUUAUGAUCUAUGCAAGCAUGGACAGAUCUUACAUAUCUGCGUUAGAGUCACUAUCGAGUGUGUGGAUUUUGAACUAGGAGAGGAUAUACAAGGUUUACCAGCUCUUCAGGUGAACCUUGUCGCUAGCUAGGACAAUGUACGAGUAGGGGCAUCCCCCACAUGGCGAAGAAAAUAUUGAGUUACCACUUACCAAAUAUGCCUUAUUCUAAGUGGAAAACUCUCAACUUCUCACUCCCGAUUCUUAUGAUUGAAUGAAGUUUGUCGGGCCGGGAGCAGCCUAUUACUCGGCCUUUUUUUCUUAUGGGCCCUAUUUCGGUUGGUCCAAAGUCCAGUUCUGCGUGGACUCGAACAGGGCCAGCCAGCUCAUCGACCACCGUCCCAACGCUACCAAGGCCUAGCCGCGACCGCGAACGCCAUUCCCGCCGCUCCCCCGUGCCCCGCCCGAACCGAGGUAGAUGUCCUCCCGCAUUCCACAUGGCCUUUUUUUCUUACCGUCCGAUUCCGCUGCUCUUGCUCUUGUUCUGACUGCUCCUCGCCAGAACAUGCGGCUUCUUGGUCGGUUGGUUUCCCCUGCUGCUGCUUCGUCUUCCUUCCUCACCACUGCGUUGGAAUUCGAAUACUUCUCUGUUGUCGACGUACGUCGUAGUCGGUGCAGCUGCAGCUGCUGCGCGCGGUGUUCUUCUUGGUCCCUGCUAGAGCGUGCGUGCGUGCGGUUCUUGUCUUGGUGGGUUUCCCGGCCUGCCGCGUCCCGGCUUCUUUGACGUUUCCUUGUACGGCGGGCGGGCCUCGCCAAAACGACUUCUCGGGCUGGGCAGUGCUUUUCAUUUUUAUUUGCACUUAUUGAUUCUCUAUGGGCGCGCGGUGCGUGAUCCUCUCCAGGAUGCGUGGUUUUCUUGUCUGGCAUUUCUUGGUCCUACCCCUACCCAUGACAUCUUCUUCUGAUGGCUUUUUCUCUUCUUCCUGCAUUUCAUGGCUUAUUGGCUUUUGACGCGAUUCCUUUCUUCCAUCUUUCAUCCGAUUCCAGUCUACGCGAUGGGGAAGGAGGAGAAGGGAGCGAGGGCGGCGAAGAAGGGCACGAGCUCAGGCAAAGCCCCGCUCCUGCAGCCCAGGUAUUCUGUGCGCGGCGACGCGGCAGCAUCCCAGAAAACCGAUGUCGUCACUGACUACGCCGGCAGCAAAGAGUGCGAGGAUUUCCACUAUGAUACAAUGGAGAUGCACCAGUUCUUAGAAACUAUCGAGGGCUUGAAGGGCCACCCACAGUGCGUGGACUGCCGGCGUGAGGCCGUUGCUGGGAAUCCGGCUCUCCUAAACCCUCGCUUCGUGAUGUGCUCGGGCUGCAGCCAGUGUUUCUGCGCCGGACUGGCGAGCAAUGAGGAUGGACCAAUCGGGCAUGCGCAGCUCCAUGCCAAAUCAGCUUGCCAUCCAGUUGCGCUGUGGAUAGACCAACCCGAUGCUGCUUACUGCUUCCAGUGUGCCCACAGCUUGAGCCUCAAGGUGAUCGCCUUAGCAGCGCGUUCCCAUAACCAUGGCUAUGCUGUCAGAGGGAUGCCGAACUUCAGAGCCAAAUGCUACGUCAAUGCACUGGUGCAGUGCCUCCUUGCGCUUGACGAUCUGUGGAUGUCGAUGCUAGGACCUCGUGCUCCAGCAGGGCCCCUCGGUGUUGCGCUGAAGGAGCUCUUUUUGGAGACGAGGUCUGGGAAUGAUGCAGGAGCAUUUCUGAACACACGGAGACUCAUGGAAAGUAUAUGCCUAUUGGAUGCGGGGUACAGGACCACUGAUCACCAAGACUGCCAAGAACUUCUGGUCCAUGUGCGCAAUGGGUUGAUCGAUGAGGAACGGAAGAAGAAGCUUCCUGAUGUGAGAAAGGAUGAUGUUCCCACAGUUGUCGAUUCCAUUUUCAAGGGCGAGGUGUCUGUUAUGUGGACCUGCAGUCGCUGCCUGAACACUGCAGGCAAGGACGAAGAAUUCUAUGAGCUCUCACUGCCAUUGCCACCUAGUAAGAAGCAUCCAAGCAGAAGUGUCCCAGCUAUAAAACAAUGCCGACGAAUUCAGAAGGAGGAAGAAAAGAAGGCAGCUGUCUCUCUCACAUCAGUUAAGCAGUGCAUUAAAUAUUAUUUUAGAAAAGUGAAGGUACAAAACCGCUGCGAAAUCUGUGAGAAGCCUAGCACCAGCCGAAGCAAAGAUGGUGGGCAGAUAGUGGCAAACAUCAAUUCGGGUGGACAUGCAUAUGUAACACUUUGUCUUAGCAAGCUGCCACCAGUAUUAACUAUUCAUGUGCUCAGAUUCAAUAUCAAUGAUAAGAGAGUGGGGCAUGUGAAGUUCGAGGAAAAUAUUGAUGUAGGAGAAUAUCUGGACCCCAGGUCUACAGACAAAGAUGAUGCCAGAUAUCGUCUAGUUGGUGUCAUUGAGCAUCUCGGGAGGACCGUAACGCCGGGGCACUUUGUCGCUUAUGUGAGAGGAAGCAGGAUUGUCAGUGAGAAGGAGCUGAGCAGCAGCUCUUCCUCUUGGUUUCAAGCAAAUGAUAUAAGAAUCAGAAAUAUCUCUCUAGAUGAUGUUCUCAAGCACGAGGCUUUCCUUCUUUUCUAUGAGAAGAUAAAAGCUUGAGACAUCUGUCGUAUUAUGCCAAAGUAAUCAGACGAGCAAUCACCUGGCAUUGGCAAGCAUGAUUUGGUUCGCUGAGGCAUUGCAGGGGCACCUGGUUGACGGCAGCUUCUAACCAGUUGGGGAAACUGUUGGCUGAUCUGCUGACUAUUUCUUUUUGCUCUUUUUAGGAACGAAUUAGGUCAUGCGGUAUUGUCCUAACAGAGUAGGAAACUGAUUGUACAUUCAUGCCAUGGCCUGGUUUUGUUGGAUGAUAAUUGAUCUUACAUGCUAGUGAUUCACAUUUUGCAACCACAUACAGAUGUUUCUUCAUUUUGAGACCUAGGUGUCGAUGAUUUUGGUUGGUUAUGGAAGUGGUUCCUUGUUUUGUGAAUGGUGGUUGACAAUGUUUUUUUGGUUGUGAGAUAUGUGAGAAGCCUAGUACCAGCCUAAGCAAAGAUGGUGGGCAGAUGGUGUGGUGUCGAGUAUUCAACAAAAGCACAUCAGUUGACAGGGGCCAAACUGAAUGUGACAAUAGCGGAAAAGUGGAUGAAAAGAGUGAUCUGUUGACUGCCCAUGUUACCCAAAAUGCCAGAACACUGAAUCAGGACAGGAUGAAGCAAGUAGAGCUGGAAAAAACUGCAAACCAAGUGGGAGAAGGCCAAAAUAAGCAGACAGAUAUGGGCGUAUCUGCACAUAAAGCAUGUUUUCUUAGCAAGCACCCAAGGAUCCAGUCAAGUGCGCCCAUACUAUCGUAGAGGCUCUAGUUCAUGUCCAUGUAUGUUCCAUGUUUUAGGGAAUUUUUUGGCUGGUGUUUUCAAUCAGAUGAUAUGUGAUCAAAGUACACAGGCCUUGGUAAAGUUUUGUAGCUGAUGCUUUUGGCUAUGUUGUAGUGUAAACAGGGUUGGCAUUCCUUUGUCCCUUCACCCUUGUCCCAGAAUUGUUCAGGAUGUUUUUUCCCCUUAUGGUUUUCAUUUAUUGCUUCCAGAGUUGACGGUUAGUUUGUGGAAUCAUUUUGUUGCGUUGUUUUCCGAAUGAUGAUGGGUAAGGUGGCCUAACAGUUCCUAACCGCAGUUGUUUAUCGGAGUAGGCUCAGGAACUGGUUGUGUUAGACAAC